AUGGAGGUUGCCACGGUGGUGAGGGAAAAUGGGUAUGAGACUAGUGGAGCGGGUGAUGGAGGUAAUGCAUCUCUUGGGAGAACGACAUAUGUUCAUUGCAAGGGUGGUCGGGGCCGCAACACAACCAUUGUUCUCUAUUACCUGGUGGAACACAAACAGAUGACACCUGAUGCUACAUACAACUAUGUGAAAUCCAUCAGGCCAAGGGUGGUCCUAGCCUCGGCUCAGUGGAAGGCUGUUCAAGACUAUUAUCUGCAGAAAGUGAAGAAAACUAAAAGUUCUGGCUGCAUUAACAACAGAGUCAGAAAGUCUCCAUUCUUCCCAUCAAAACAAUAUGUUGUAGCCUUUGAUGAUGACUCCAUUGACAUAGUAACAGAGUCAGAUCUUGAUGGAUAUGAGUCAUAUGGCACAAGCUGUGACUCUAUAAUCAUGGUAACACAAUCAGAGCUUGAUGGAUACGACUCAAGCUGUAACUCCAGUAUAGUGACCCGAAUCUUGCUUCCAUGUUUCUGAGUGAAGCUGUUGCUUCCAGGAACUAACACCCAUGGCCUUGGUACAAUGCAGUGCAAGAGACGGCAAGGAAGAAGCUCGGAAGCUCGGUGGCUGAAAUCAAGGUUUUUUAAGAGGUGGAUGCCUAUUGAGAGUGUUCUUCAUUUGAAUAAACAUCAAUGGAUGUUGAAAGUGCCUUUAGAGCAAAUAAUGAUGUUUCAUGGGAAGAG